CGGCGGCUCUCAGCCGAGUUCUGCCUCCGUGUCCGCGCCAGCCCCGAGCCCGCGGGAGCACACGGUCCGUCCCGGAGCGGCGAGACGAUGGUCAUCCGCGUGUUCAUCGCCUCCUCCUCGGGCUUCGUGGCGAUAAAGAAGAAGCAGCAGGAUGUAGUGAGAUUUCUGGAAGCCAACAAGAUAGAGUUUGAGGAGGUGGACAUCACAAUGUCAGAAGAACAGAGGCAGUGGAUGUACAAAAACAUCCCCCCGGAGAAGAAGCCUGCUCAGGGCAACCCUCUGCCACCUCAGAUAUUCAAUGACGACCGAUACUGUGGAGACUAUGACAGUUUUUUUGAAUCAAAGGAAAGCAACACUGUCUUUUCAUUCUUAGGCCUAAAAUCACAGUUGGCAUCAAAGGCAGAACCUUAGUGAAGACACGUAGAAGAUGACAGAGAUGCAUUUCGGAGCACCCCCUGGUACUCAGCAUACACCUGCUUACCUAAUGCAUCACUGUGACAAAAGCCACAUGCAUUACCAGUAACUUUGCUUGCCAUGGAAAAGGUGUUUGGGGAAGACAUGGGUAUAACGGGAUUGCAUGAUUGCUUUAAACCAAAUCAGGACUGUGGUGGGUUUUUUCUUGUUUUCCGAAUUGCCUGCAGUUGCCUCACUCCCCCAGAGGUCCUGUAGCCUGUUACUGGUUUGCUUCCUGAAGGGCUGAGAGAUGAGGGGGCGGCACCAUCAGAGAGAAAAUGUUGGCUCUGCCCUGGGUUGUAGUUGACACCAGUAUUGCCCAGACCUGCUUCUCUUUAAGCUGCCUGGAUGGUGUCCUUGAAAUUAGUCUUCGGGCUCUUAGAAUAUUUUGAUCAGAAAGAAAAAAAGAGCAGCGUUGGUUGACAAAGGGCAGAAGAUUUUUGCUGCAGAAUCACAAGCAUCACUUUCCAGUGCUUUGUAGUAACUGUAGAAAGAAUUAGAUGUCCUAGCCUCCUUUUGAUAAUGGAAAUUCUCAACCCCAUAAAUCCCCUCAGCUCCUAUAGAUGUUCCCAGAAAUCGUUGCAACAAUGUGUGAUUAGAACCAAGUUACAAGGAUGAAAAUGAUUGCUAUUUUGAAAAAGAUAUGCUUCUUUAUCUCUUGCAAGGGGAAAGUUUCACCUAAGGCAUUAAGAUUGCUUAAAAGAUAUAUUUAAAGAGGUGCACUCAUUAGAUAGUAAAUUUAUAAGGAAAUUAUCUGACUCAUAUCUGAAGGCAUUUCAGCUCUAGCAACUGAUUUAUGCAAAAGUGCACAUAUAUUUUUAAAUGUAGCUCCCCUGACUAACAGCUGCUUAUUCUAUUUUGUGAAAGGAUUAUAUUUUUUGAGAAAGGGAGAUCUCGGUUAGAUGUAUUUUGUGAACACUUGAUGAGGCAUAUUAAAAGAUAUGAAUAUGGCUGUACACGUUAAUUUUUUUCCUCGAUUCUUCAUUGGUUCUCUAAAUUUACCAGCUUAUAUUUCUGGCCAGUGCACAGUCCCAGAUUUUCAGAGUAACGUGUUCUCAUUCCGCAUUUGAACGCUAGUGAUUUUUCAGAGCAGAACAUACAAGAAAGGGGCUAUCAGAGAGUAACUCUGAAUUGUACUUGGCACAUGAAAUUUCUCCUCUCUUUGGAGUGGGUGCUGAUAAACACUGAAUGUGUCUACUUCAUCAGGGCAGAGACUACUUCUGUGCAUCCUUGUCCCUGCUUAUGCAUUUUUUUAGAGUUUCUAGUUGCCAAACCUGGGAAUAGUCUUGACUAGGAUAAAUUCAGAGGGCUGCCUAAGGUCUGCUGUUCUCCGCGUCCUGAUGCUGAACUUUGCCGUUUAGAUUCUGAGCAGGAAAUUUGUAAGAAAUUUAAAGAACAGAAGACUUAAGUCACUGUCACCCGUGUUCUGUCUCCUUCCAACUUGCUGAGUGUGGACUAAAGAACUUACUGAUUGCUAAUGCCAAAAUCUGCAGCCCAGGACUACAACUGGAAGAAAAGCCUGCCACCGACUCCUGAUUGACUGGAUACAGAUACAGGAUCCACAAUUUUCCCUCCAAGGAAAACUGCUGUGAAAUUAUGACUAUUACUGCUUAGCUGGCAUUAAAUAAGAUCCAGGUUGAAUUCUAUUGGAUCAAUCCCAGGGACUAUCCAGGAUUUUUUUUUUUUUUUUGAACUGGAUAUCAUGGUAAAGUCUGAUAAGACUGAGAAUUUCUUUUUAAGAUACAGCAAUUUAAAAAAAAAUUAAUAUUAUGAUGCUCUAACUUAACAUUAGUCUACUCUUGGUGGUGAGCACCAAGAACCAAUUUGGGAAGGCUGAAUCUUUGUGAGUUCAGUUCUAGGGGUGAGGGGUCAGGCAAUACCAAACUUGCUAGACAAAGCUACUCAGACCGGCCUCAGAACUUUUGAAAUGCUCUGGUUAGAGUAGGCCUAGUAUGAUUCCCCUAAAGAGACUAGAGGAAUACAGUGCUAAAUUACUACCACAGGUAUACACCAUCCACCCCACCACCCCAAAUUUUUUUUUUUUUUUUUUAGUUUUGCUUCAGCAAAGAAAUAGGAGAGACCAGCCUCACCUGGUACCACGCUUGUUAUAAGUGAGCUCGAAGCACAUUGUAGGGUAUUUCCUACAGGACCCAGGCUCUGCAGAGUCCUGAGGUAUGGCCCUCUGGGACCACACUGUGUUCAGAGAAUAUUAUGUCCUUGUUCUGUUUUACCAGCUGAAUUCCAGACGUGUAAUGAUUUUCUUCCUCCCUCCUUUAACUAGCUGCCUUCAGGUUUGAAUCAUCACAGUCUUAAAAACCUCGGGAAGAAGUGGGUGGGAAUGGCAGACAUACAUGUAAUACUAAGAGCAUUUCAAUACAGAGUUUUUAUUUCCUGGAGUACGCUUAUUGGGGCAAAGAAAAUGUGCUGCUCAAAAUCAAAUUAUGCCAUUUUAAACUCAGAUAAAACCGAGUGCCAUCCUGCUAAGGUGUAUGCAGACUGGAAGAAAAUUUAGUUGGGGAAGUACUUGUUUUUCCAAAUUCUGGUAUUCUGUUAAAAUCAGAGGUGAAAAGGAAGAUUUUUUUUUCUCUCAGGCUCUAAUACAUUUUAGAUUUGUUUCUGUUUUAUAGAUUUAUGCAACACUCCCACAUAGAUGUUUUUAUAUUACAUGAAUUUAAUAAUGCACUAAAUUUAUUUUUGUCUUCUGUUGUUGAAAGGUACCAAAGCCUCUUUCUGUUUUGUUUUGUUUUGUCUUUUAUUUGAUUUUGCUAUCUAGGGUUUUGCUUUUUCUAGAAAUGCUUUUCAUUUAACAUCUUUUCUAAAGUGUCAGGGCCCACUUUGAUCUGCAUAAUUAUUGUUUCCAGAUUUCAAUUUGUGUGCAUUUGUCUCUCAAGGCAUUGGUGAAAUCUCAGAUUUUAUAUUAAGCAUUAAAGAGGAAUAAAUUCCAGAAAACACCUA